GUGAUCUCCCUCAUACUGAUCAUUCCUUCGAAGCCUUUUCCUCUGCUCUGUAUUGUCAUACUGAUGCCCUCCCGUAUGAAGGCAAGUGCUGCAAUCUUUGAGGCUAGAUCCGUCUCGCGCCUCAGUUUAAUCCUCGUCUCGCUUUGUGGAGUUCCCAAUACCGGGAUUUUCCUCGGUGGGAUACUUGCCAAAGUUCGCGAUGACCGAAUAUCCGCUGGCUCCAUCAUCUGCAACGAAAAGAAUGCACCCAAGGAUCUUUUGGGGAGCCCGAUAAGAUGAGCAAGUGAUAUCAAUCCGAAUAGUCUGCCGAGA